UGUCUUUCGGAACAAAAAAAAUCUCAGAAACAUUGUAUAUUUUGCAUACACAGACGAAAGACAGAGAAUCAAAGAGAAAAGCAUUAUAGCAAAACAGAAAAACGCGAAAUCGGAGACAAAAGAGAGCAAAACAAGUCGAACGUUGUUGUUGUUGCUGUAAAUUAUACUCGUAAUAGAGAGAGCGUUGUUAUUGGUUUUUGGAAAAGAAAAAAAAAAGAAAGUAAAGGCAAGAAUAAAAAUGUCUGUAGCUGUUUCGAACUCGCCUGUGUUCUCACCCUCAUCGUCUUUGUUCUGCAACAAGACCUCGAUAAUCACAGCUUCCCCAGAAGCGUUAACUCUAACGUUAAGCCAUCUAAAGCCUUCACCAUGUUCUUCAUCUUCGUCUGCUCCCUCUUCGCCUUCUUCACCUUUUAGGCUUCGGUUUCCGAAACCACCAACUGGGCUUUCUUCUUCUUCAUCUUCUGUUUCGGUUUCGACUUCAGGGUCUUCAUCGCCGAAUUCGGUGCUGAAGAGGAAGAGGCCGGCGAGGCUUGAUAUUCCAGUGGCUUCGAUGUGUUUUGGGGCACCGGCUACGCCAUCGAUGGCGGCGAGGGAGGUGGUGGAGGAAGAAGUAAAUGGGUAUUCUGUGUAUUGUAAGAGAGGGAGGAGAGAAGCUAUGGAAGAUCGCUACUCGGCUCUACUUAAUCUUCAAGGAGAUUCUAAACAGGCUUUCUUUGGUAUAUUUGAUGGCCAUGGAGGUGCAAAAGCUGCUGAGUUUGCGGCAGAAAACUUGGAUAAGAACAUAAUAGAUGAAGUGAUGACAAGGGGUGAAAAUGAAAUUGACGAAGCCGUUAAGCAAGGUUACCUGAACACAGACUCCGAUUUCUUGAAGGAGGAUAUGCGAGGUGGCUCGUGCUGUGUAACAGCAUUGAUUAGGAAAGGGAACCUUGUUGUAUCCAAUGUUGGUGACUGUCGUGCUGUUUUGAGCAGAGGUGGUGUUGCUGAGGCACUUACCUCUGAUCAUCGUCCUUCGAGGAAAGACGAAAAGGAAAGAAUUGAGACCCUGGGUGGCUAUGUUGAUUUCUGCCAUGGAGUAUGGAGAAUUCAGGGAUCUCUGGCUGUAUCUAGAGGGAUUGGAGACCGACACCUUAAGCAAUGGGUAAUAGCAGAGCCAGAUACAAAAGUUCUUAGAAUCAUACCAGAAUAUGAGUUCUUAAUCUUAGCAUCCGAUGGAUUAUGGGAUAAGGUUAGUAAUCAGGAAGCAGUAGAUAUUGCUCGUCCUUUGUGCAUAGAUACGCCACAACCAUUGACUGCCUGUAAAAUGCUUGCGGAUCUUUCUGCUUCACGAGGGUCUUCUGAUGAUAUAAGCGUGAUGCUAAUUCAAUUGGGGCGCUAUAUUUAACAUUCCCGUCAUUACAGAGUAGGAAAUUAAACUAACAUUAUAGGUUGAGGGAAUUUGGCUUUGCCCUCCCUUGAUUACAAUUCAUUCUUUGUACUAUUCAGUUGUCAUACGUGGUUUGUUCACAAUGGAGAUAGUGGUGGUGGUGGUGGAUAUUUGAUUAUUUAGAGUAGCCCAAUUUAUUGGAGAUAUUUGACAUAUUUAGGAGAUUUUAUUUUACAAUUAGAGCUGAAGAAAACAGUCAGAUACUUUGUAUUAUUGUAUUUAUUCAUUUAAUUUAAAUAACCUUCAUUCCUUUAA